AUGUCUGCCCGCAAAGAAGAGAUGGCAACCAAACUCCCCAUCCCACGCCUGCAACACCAAAGACGUGACAGUGGCAGGCGACGUACGAGUCGCGCUUGCGACUCUUGCAGAGAACGCAAAACCAAAUGCGAUGGCAACAAGCCCGUCUGCUCUCAGUGUCGUUCCAUAAGCCGAACCAACUGUCUCUAUUCAGAGGCAAAAUUCGUCCGACGACAAAAAGAACUCGAAUCGGCGCGAAGAAAGGUCGAGCGCUACGAGGAACUGCUUCGUAGUAUUUCCACAGAUCUCGAAGGGCCUAUCGCAAACCGCGUCACAAAUGCUCUCAAGGACCUGCCUACCAGAAACCCAGCCCGCCAAAGGAAAACGUCUAGUGCCUCUUCCACAUCGCCAGGUUCCCUAGAGGGGAAUGAAGCCGUUACCGAAGAUCUAAAUCGAGAUGAAAAAAGUCGAGCGACUGGGUAUAUCGGAAAAACGUCCGAAAUUGUGUGGAUGCAGCGCUUGGAGUCUGAGGCUAUGAGUCAAGAUACCGACAACUUUCUGUCCGAGACAGAAGCCACACAGGCUUCUGUCCGGCGAUUCGAAGAGACGAAUGCUUUCGUCCUACCCCCGAAAAGGCUAGUAGAUCGAUUAUUUCAAGUCUAUCUGCAGAACGUACAAACUUCCUUGCCGUUCAUUCGACCGCAGCUAGUUCGUGAACAAUAUAAUCGCUGUUACGCGACCACUCAAAACCCCGGCAGGAAAUGGUUGACCAUCUUCAAUCUUAUUCUCGCCAUUGGUUCCGUCUUUUCUCGGCUAUCGCGGCAGGACAUACAGCCUAAUGGCGAUGAGAACCUAUUUUUUUCGCGAGCUAUAUCGCUCAACGUUCCGAAAAGUAUUCUUCAUAAUCACGAUGAUUUGCAACAAGUACAAGCCGAAGCGUUGAUGUCAUUCUACCUGCUGAUUGUCUCGCAGGUAAAUAGGUCAUGGAAGAUGAUCGGCAUUGCUGCACGGUCCGGCAUCAAUUUUGGCCUGAAUCUCCAGAAAAAGGAUGCUGGACUCGACUUGAAGUCAGAUGAAGCCCGAAAUCAGCUAUGGUGGUCAAUUUUCCGAUUAGAACAUCUUCUGUCUGUCAUGACUGGGAGAGUUUCUUGCCUGGGGGAUUCUUCUAGCUCUGCGCCUCCGCCACUAGCCUUUGAAAAUCUGGCUCAUCCAGGGCAAGUUACCCAUGAGCCAGCCAGCUCGCCAUCAACUCCGAUCAGUACCAUAAAAUGGUCUCUACACCUUGAUCGAGAGCAGAUAGAAUCUCAAAGUACUUUGUUGAAGACUUUUUCGCCGAGUCCAUCUCUUUACUUUUUCUAUGCGGUAGAUCUAUCCCUGGUCGCUCAUGCUAUCUGUAAUGGAAUAUAUGCAUACAACAGCCCUCGGAUAAGGUGGAGCCAGAUCGAAAGUCGCAUUGCUCUCUACGGCAAGAAGAUGGAUGAUUGGUUGUUGAGCUUACACCCUUCCUUCUGCUUUGAAGACAUCCACAGUGAUCAAUCACAAGGGAGCAAAUCAGCCUUUCAGGUUUCUCUAGCCUUGAAUUAUCAUAGUGCCCGGAUCAUACUCAAUCGACCCUGCCUUAAACGCCGCAGAAGUGGAAGCAAGAGUAGCACGGAGCGUACUCGUUCACGGCACAAUAAUAUUUCUGCCGUAGCCUGUCUCCAAGCUUCCCUGAGUAUUAUGAGACUGCUGCCAGACCGGACAGAUCUCGCUUGGUGCUAUAAACUCCUACAGUGGUGGGAUUUCCUACACGUUCUCAUCCAGGCUACUGUGAUCCUACUUCUCGAUUUGACAAUUAGCCCGGCGGCAACGAGGCCAGAGGAGGCUCCAGUGCUUACUGUGUCAACUACAGACGUUUUGAACGGAGCGAAAAAGGGGCUUUUAUGGUUGUAUUGCUUAGGAAGCACAUCGGAGGCAGCUCGACGGUCUUUCAGGUUUUGCAAUGCCUGCCUUUGCCGUAUAGCCACAACUCAAGACCUCGAUUUGAGCGGCAUUCCAUUACCGGGUACAUCUUCCUCGGCUUCUGGGAGUUCUCAAGAUGGAAAGGAGACGGUACCUCACCAAGAAAUGGUAGGUGACCCUGAGUCUCCUCGUUCAUCACAAGGUGAAAGAAGCGACGACCUGCAAUUUCAGGAUCUAAAGGAUGUGCAACCUAUGGCUAGCCUACAAGAUCCUUUCGCGUCUGAUGUCGAUAUGUCGGAUUUCAUUUCGUUUCCGGCCGACGAAGAGGUCGAAGACAUGUUGCUAGCCAUGAUGGGAUUUAAUGCAUAG